GUGUUCUGGUCUGCAGUGAUGAGGCAUCUCUGCUCCCCUCGCUCCUUCCUCUGGCUCCUCUUCCUGCUGGGAGCUGGAUCUCUGCUGCUGCUGCUCCACCUGGAGGACCUCACCAGGAAGCAGCCUCCAGGUGUGACCAAUCAGGUGUUUACUAAGCAGGAAAAUUAUCUAAUUCUGCCGUCCAUAAAGUCGAGGGCCACCCAAAAGGAGAGCGCUGUCAGGGGCCCGGCCAUGUGGGGGGCCACGGCGGGCAGCCAAACCCUGGUCCAUGACAGAGAUAAGAAAAAGAACGUGCAGGUGGCUGAUCUGCAUACUCAGGUGAAGAUUCAGGAGCUGCGGCACAGUCGCCUGGCCAUCGUGUGCUCUGAGUACCAGCCGGGCGCCAUGAAGCAGCAGGUCUCUGAGCAUCACAUGGCGAACCUCUUUGUUGAGGACCUGUUCAGGCUGCUGUACUGCGAGGUUUUCCACGCGGGCCGCUCCAACUGGAAACGGGUGCUGAUGGUUCUGUCGGGCAAAGCUGCGUCUGCAAUUAACAUCCCUCAGGAGGAAGUGCACGCUAACGUUAACCUGAGACGCCUGAAGGAGAACAGCGCCAUGGGCAUCAAGCAGCGGCUCAAAUUCUACACUAAGAUCCUGUUUGUCAGGGAGCCCUUCCAGAGACUGGUGUCAGGAUUUCGGGAUGAGUUUGAGAACUCCAACAAGCCUUUCCAUGGAGAGCCUGAACCACACAUAAGCCGUGUAAGGACCCUCAAAACUGGCGCCACCUUCAGGGAGUUUGUGCAGUGCCUGCUGGACCCGCAGUGUCCCGAGCAUGACAACCCACACUGGGCUCCCAUCAGCCAACUGUGCCACCCCUGUCUGCUGCAGUACCACUUCAUCGGCAAGUUAGAGAACGCCACCAAUGAAGGAAACUUCCUGCUGAGGCACAUCGGAGCGCCGGCAAACGUCAGCUACCCCGACUAUAAGGACAGACGCCCUUGGGGCGAGAGGACGUCCUCGGCCAUCAUGGAGAAAUAUUUCUACCAGCUGAACGCCGCCGAGAGGCAGGGAAUCUACGACCUCUACCGCAUGGACUACCUGAUGUUUGGCUACCCCAAACCCCUCCCUGACCUGCACUGA